CCUGUUAUUUCCUUGCUCUGCCUUUCUGUCGAGAUAAACAUGUCAAAUUCAUUGCACACUUUUUUGACAGCUCCAUAGUUUGCGGCGGACAUUCUUCGUGGUUGCGUACAAAUUCUACACGGGUUCGCAGUGUGAUCAAUCAAUAAUUCUCAAAGAUGUCUUUCGCACUGAGAAGCACCGCUCGGCUGGUCAGCUCGGUCCGUCCGGCUUUGCGGACGAUGCCGGUCCGUGGAUAUGCCGAUGAAAUGGCAUUAACAUUGGCCGCUGCCAACAAAGUGUUUUACGAUUCGGCAAACAUCCGGCAAGUGGACGUUCCCUCGUUCAGUGGAGCAUUCGGUAUCCUGCCAAAACACGUCCCAACCCUUGCCGUACUCAAGCCGGGAGUGGUUACUGUCUACGAGAAUGACGGUGGGGUGAAAAAAGUGUUCGUUUCCAGCGGCACCAUUUCGGUAAACGAGGAUUCCUCGGUGCAGGUGCUGGCCGAAGAAGCCCACCCGGUUGAGGAUCUGGAUGCUGCUGCCUGUCGUGAGAUUCUUUCUAAUGCCCAGAGCAAACUAUCGUCCGCCUCGACCGAUGUGGAACGUGCCGAAGCUGGAAUCGCCGUUGAAGUAGCCGAAGCUCUCGUGAAAGCUGCCGAAUAAAUGCUGGCGUGAGUACCGAUUCAUCUGUCUGUAGAUUUGUUUUCUAAAAGUUCAAACCAAUUCACAACUCUAAUAAUUCGAUAAUUCCCGGAUUAUUUAAAGUGCGGGGUUAAUAAACUCGAGUACGCAGUGGAGUAACAA